GGGCUGAGCGGCCCCCCCCGGGCCCUGCCGAGCCAGACUUCGCUGCACACCAGAGCUGGCCCCGGCCUCGGGACCGAGCCGUCCAGAGCCGCUUCCCCCUCGCCCGGGACGGGGCCAGCACCGGGACCCGAGCGUCUCGGCAGCGUCCCCUGGGCGCCCCGUCCAGCAUGAGCCGCCAGGGCAUGGCCGCCCACACCCAGACCCGCAUCCGCACGGAGCGCUUCGCCGACAGCUACACGCUGCUGGGCCGGGAGCUGGGCAGGGGCAAGUUCGCGGUGGUGAAGAAGUGCCUGGAGAAGGCCACGGGCCAGGAGUUCGCAGCCAAGUUCCUGCGGAAGAGGCGCAAGGGCGAGGACUGCCGGCUCGACAUCAUCAACGAGAUCGCCGUGCUGGAGCUGGCCGCCCGCAGCCCCCACGUGGUGGAUCUGCACGAAGUCUACGAGACGCCCGCCGAGAUCGUGCUGGUGCUGGAGUGCGCGGCCGGCGGGGAGAUCUUCCAGCAGUGCGUGGCGGAGCAGGACGAGGCCUUCACCGAGCGGGACGUGAUCCGGCUGGUGCGGCAGAUCCUGCGUGGCGUCGCCUACCUGCACCAGAACAAUGUCGUCCACCUGGACCUGAAGCCCCAGAACAUCCUCCUGACCAGCAGCAGUCCCCUGGGCGACAUCCGCAUUGUGGACUUCGGGCUGUCGCGCCGGGUGGACGCCGUGCGGGAGGUGCGCGAGAUUCUGGGCACGCCGGAGUACGUGGCCCCCGAGGUCCUGAGCUACGAGCCCAUCAGCACAGCCACCGACAUGUGGAGUGUCGGGGUGCUGACCUACGUCAUGUUGACGGGCGAGUCGCCGUUCCUGGGUGACACCAAGCAGGAGACCUUCCUGAACAUCUCGCAGGUGAACGUGCAGUUCCCGCCCGACGUCUUCCAGGGCAUCUCUGCCCAGGCCAUCGACUUCAUCCGCUCCCUGCUCGUCAAGAACCCCAGGAAGCGGGCCAAGGCCGAGCAGUGCCUCCAGCACCCCUGGCUGGCCCCGGCCCCAGCCCCGGCCCCGGCGGUGGAGCUGGUGUCCCCGGUGCGGGCUGAGAUGGAGCAGGCCCCGGCGAGCGAGGGCAGCAGUGGCCCCGAGGAGGAGAAGGAGCUGGUGCUGGUGGCCUCCUACACAAUGCCCUGCCCCUGCCGGCAGCUGGGGGGCCUGGAGGGGCGGGACACGGAGCUGCCCGGGGCGCGGAAGCCGUUCCCAGCCCUGCAGGAGAUUGCCCAGGAGCUGGUGUGCUGAGCUGGCAGCCCGCGCCCCCUCUGCCCGCUGCCUUGGAGAGCAGCACGCAGGACUCGCCGUGGGCCUGCUGGGCACAUUUCCGAGCCUGCCCCGGACUCGGGAGGGACGGGCCCCUGGAGGGGUGGCCUCCCUGGGAGCAGGAGCAGCUUCGCCUCGGUCCCGGGAGAGCCAGACGGGAUAGGUUGGGUCACUGGGGGGGAGGGGAGCCCCCCACUGUCAGUGAUGGGGACAGGAGCACCCGUUACCAGCAGGAGCUUGCUGGGGUCACUGCCCCACAGAGCUGGACCAGGCAGCGGCUGCAGGAGGAGACCGAGCCCCUGUGGCCUCUAUGGGAGACAAACACCUUGGAAAAGCCCUGGGGGUCACCCCUAGAUCCCCACAAUUCAAACUGCAAACCGAAAUCUGCAGCAGCUUCUUCUGGAGUUGGGCAGAGCAGCUGCCGGCAGGAGCACAGGGCCUGGCAGGGCAGAGGCUGCUUCAGCUCCGAACCCGGGAAGCUCCAUUUGGGGGCUACGGCACAGGGAUGCCCCCCCGUCCUGGUGUGGGGCAUGGAAGGGCCCCACGGCCUGGCCCCGCCCCACCCAGCAGCAGACCCAAGCUUUGCCUCUUGUUUCUGAAUUAGCAAAUAAUGUACUGGUCCACUUGGGCCGGGGGGAGGUCCACUGGGCCGCAGUGACUCACUGUUCUGUGCCAACGUGCUGGACACGGGGAGAGCCCUGGUGAGGGCAAGGGGCAGGUGGCACCAGGAGGUGGCCGUGCCACCAGAUUUCCACUGACGCUCCAGGUGCCGAUUGCAGGGGAAACUGGAGCAGCCCACGGUCUGCCUGCCUUCCCACCUUGGCAUCAGGCCGCCAGGCAGGGACCGAACCGGGAGCUCCUGCCAGCGGGUGCCUGGCCCAGCAGGUGUCUGGCCCAGCAGGUGGUGCCAGUGGGCUCCAGCUCAGGGCAGCCUGUGGGGCAGCAGCCAGGGCCUGGCGCUCCCAGCUGCGGCCGCGCCCGGCGCUGGGCUUGGCGGCCGCGCUGCCGGGUGCUGCCGCUUGCCCCGUGGUUGCUUCAUGGUUUUGAAAUAAAGGAUUAAAGUUUCUCUCUUUAAAAA